UAUCGGAUUGGGAAAUCGCGGGCCCUUUCGUCCCUUGUAUUAUGCGAAGCGCGCGAAAAAGGUUACGAACCAAUUGAUGACGUCGCGAAGGGGUAGUGUGGUGGAUGUUCAGUUACUCUGUUUCACUCCCAGGAAGUUUUCGAUAUCGCCGUUCAUUCAAUUUCGGAAAAACGAUGAGCUUCCUCCAGAACAGAUUGCUGUCCUCCGUAAAGCUUUCGAAGCUUUUGACAGUCAAAAAUCGGGCAGUAUUCCUUGUGAUAUGGUAGCGGAUAUUUUACGCCUUAUGGGUCAGCCGUUUGACAAAAAGAUCUUGGAAGAACUGAUCGAAGAGGUCGAUGCCGACAAAUCUGGUCGCCUGGAAUUUGAGGAAUUCGUAACGUUAGCAGCAAAAUUCAUCGUAGAAGAAGACGACGAAGCAAUGCAGAAGGAGCUUAAGGAAGCUUUCCGAUUAUACGACAAAGAAGGUAACGGCUACAUACCGACGAGCAGUUUAAGGGAAAUCCUCAGAGAACUUGACGACCAACUGACGGAGAAAGAACUAGACAUGAUGAUCGAAGAAAUCGACACCGAUGGUUCCGGUACUGUUGAUUUUGACGAAUUCAUGGAAAUGAUGACAGGAGAAGUGUAAGGGAUGCAAAACAACAAUCCGUAUGGUUACUUCUAGGUGCAUUUUUUAUUUUUGUUGUAUAAUAAAAUUAAACGUAAAUGUGAACAUUAUGUUACAUGAUAAUAACUGUUUUAUUAUAAAAUAUUUUAUUUUCAA